AUGUCGGAGCCAGAGACCUACUUUUCGGCCAAAGAGCGCCUCUUCCCUCACCUUGAGGAUGGUAAGAUUCCGACCGCCGAGUUCGUAUCAGCAUGUCAAGGAAUCGGGGAGUUUGUGGCGUUUCUUGGAACGGCCUUUAUUCCGGUCAAGAACGAUGUGUUGGGCAACGUGAAUAAGGUCAGGACUAUGUACCAGAAAGAUCCGGAGAAGUACAAGUACCUACAAGACAUGGUGGAGGACGAUCUUCAACAGAACGCCGGUCGGAUGGGCAUACCUACCGAGGGAUUGUUGUGGUUAAAAAGGUGGGUUUUAUAUAUUUAUCGCUGUAAAAAUUGUUACAAUCUUGUUUGAACGCUUUUGCAUGGCACAUUAUUUUAUAAAAGGCCACACGUUUUUAUAAAACAUGACAUUUCCCGCUUUCAGAGGUCUAGAAUUCAUGUUGGAGAUGUUGCUAGGCUUGGUGGCUGCCUACAAUCGUAAAGAGAAGAGUGACUCAUUGUACACACUGUUAAGCGAGAGCUAUCAGAAGACUCUAAAACAUCAUCACAACUUCAUUUCCCGCCAGUUAUUCAAAGUAGUACUGGCUGCCGCCCCCUCCCGCCAUACCUUACUGAAGACGGUAGCUUACGGUAAAGAAGGGUACGAUGAGUACUGUAUCCAGCACAUGGACGAGCAUAUCAAGAACUUCAAGUUAAAUGUACAUUCCCUGGUUAACUUCUACACGGCCAAGGGCUUGGACCGGUGCUAUUUCGAGUCUCAGUAA